AAGAAAAACAUUGCCACGGAGAGGAGAGAGAGAGAGAGAGAGAGAGAGAGAGAGAGUUAUUUCAGCGGAUGAUCGGGAUGGCAGUUGGAGGAAACGACGGGUGAACAGACAGAUGCUCUGUCCAAGAAAGUCGAAUUCUUGCGCUCGCUGUUGAAGCAUACCAAUCAAUGUAACCUCUUCACAUGCAGCAGUUGCAGUCAAAUCACCCGAAGCAUGAACAAGAAGGGAUUGGCCCUUUUCAUGAGAGCCCGGAUGAGACCCCGUGAUUCCAGCAAGAUCUCUCUCUCCCCUCUCGCCGAGACAUUGAACCGGGUGGCGCCUGAUAAUCAAGCAAAUCAAUCUGGUGGCAGGGGCAUGGAGCCAGCUUCAGAGGAAGGAAAUGAACAGACCCACUUCUCAUGCCGAAACGAGAGGCCGUUUGAGCUUGUGAAGGAGUCGAUGCACUCGGCGAUAUCGAUGAACAAAACAGAGGUUUUGGAUGCUGUGCUCAAUGAUUUCACAGAGGGUUAUUUUAGCCUUUCUGGAGAAAGCCGGAAGGCAUUGCUGCUUUCGCUUGCCAAAGAGUAUGAUCUUAAUAGAGCACAAGUGCGGGAAUUGAUUAAGCAGUAUCUCGGACUUGAGCUUCCAAAAGCUGAUGCAGCUGAUGAGGGUAAUGUCGGGGAGGAAAGCUCGCUUUCUGCUUUCUAUCGAUUAGAGAGAAACUUGAGACAUGCUCUUAAGCCAAUGUAUGAAGUUCUUUUUGAGAGAUUGAACACGCAUCCUGGAGGGUUGAAGUUCUUGUCUAUCCUUCGAGCUGAUAUUCUGUCGAUUCUCGCAGAGGAAAACAUACUGUCGUUGCGAGCACUGGAUUCCUAUUUGAAGGAAAAACUUGGCACUUGGCUUAGCCCUGCCGCUUUAGAGCUUCAUCAAAUCACAUGGAAUGAUCCUGCUUCUUUGCUAGAAAAGAUCGUGGCCUACGAGGCUGUGCAUCCUAUCAGCAAUCUUCUAGAUCUUAAGAGACGGUUGGGCAUUGGACGUCGUUGUUUUGGAUAUCUACAUCCAGCAAUACCUGGAGAACCUCUCAUAUUCAUUGAAGUUGCACUUUUGAAAAAUGUGGCUCAGACAAUACAGGAGGUUUUGUGGGAUGAUCCUCCCAUACUUGAACAUGAAGCAACAUGCGCAUUGUUUUACUCUAUAUCAUCAACUCAGCCUGGUUUGACAGGGAUCAACCUUGGAAAGUUUCUUAUUAAACGAGUUAUUACACUGGUGAAAAAAGACAUGCCUCAAAUUUCGAUAUUUGCUACUCUCAGCCCAAUCCCAGGCUACAUGCAAUGGCUCCUCUCUAAAUUGGCAUCUCAAUUGAAGCUCGCCGAAACAGAUGAUGCCACACGUGCAUCUGAUCAAUCUGGUUCAUCAUUCUGGGAGAAUAUACUUGAACCAGAAGAGGAAAGGGCGCUCUUGAACUUGUCUGAGGAAUGCAAAGCAAUGAAAAAUGGCAUGGAAGUGAUGUUUAAUUUGCUGACCACAAAUAGCUAUACAUGGACCAACUCACCUGAAAUGCUUUCAGUACUGAAGCCUCUGCUCAUGCGGCUUUGUGCGAGGUACCUUUUGCAAGAGAAAAAGAGAGGCAAAGCAUUAGACUCUGUGGCCAAUUUUCACUUGCAAAAUGGAGCGAUGGUUGAGAGAAUAAAUUGGAUGGCAGAUCGGUCCGAGAAAGGACUGCGUCAAAGUGGUGGGAUUAUGGUCAACUAUGUGUAUAGGCUGGAGAACAUUGAGGAAUAUGCUCAGUCAUAUUUCAGUACAGGGCAAAUACAUUCCUCAGAUGACAUUCUUUACUAUCUUUUGUCUAUAGGGAGUAGAGGCAUGAAUAGUGCAGCUGGGAAGGUUGCAUGGUAAUCCAAGUAUUCCUCCAUGAGAACGGAGUUGUUUUUGUGCGUCCUAGGGAGAACAUGGGCGAGCUUAGUUAUGCAAGAGGAUUGCUCAUCACAAUCAACUCGCUGGUAUGUUGGCAACAUUUAACUUUGGAAGCAAUCCAGUAAUCAAGGUGCUCUAUUGUACUUCUCAUUGUCUCCAAACCAUUAAUGGAGGUUUAAGAUAUGACCUUUUAAAGCAUUUCUCCAGAAACUCGCAAUUGGACGAGAGAAGUC